AUGCAGCAUCAGGAUCAACAUCACUCCUCUCCUUUUGCAGUGGGGAUUCAAUAUGAGGACAACAGUGGGUUCGCUAGUCCACCAAGCAAUGACAUUUACAAUCAAAAUCUGACACCGAAUGAACAACUAUCGACUUCGCAUGCUCCUCAUCGGUCUGCUCAGCGUUAUCGCAACGAGCCUUGGAGACCAGAUCCCUGGAUACCAAGGAAAUCUGCUGUAGUUGUUGUCCUUGCAUUGAUGUGCUGGUCCUUCUACGUGAUUGUCGGACGGGUCUGCACUCCGAUGGUACGAGGAGGUUCAAGCUCAGGGCUAGGAAAGAGUGCGGGUGUCGGCCUCCUUAUCGGCUAUGUGAUACUGUGGUUGCUGGUACUGUGGACAUAUGUCAAGAUUCUCAUUACUGGGCCGGGACUAGCUACAAAGAAUUUCUAUACACCUUCAAAUUUCGUAAACCGUGUUCCUGAAGGAGACGAUGGACCACAACCUUCUGAACUUGCACCUGUGGGUAAUCUCGUGCACGAUGUGUUUCGUGCUCAGCGAGCGUCUUCCGAUUCCGGAACCGAUGCCCCCUUGAAAGGGCAGACACAGCGCAAGAAACGGGUUAAAGACUGGCGAGAAGUGGAGAGGCCAUUACCUCCAUUAAGUCCUCCUGUCAGAUGGUGUCGUCAUUGCCAGAUCAUCAAGCCAGAUCGAACACAUCACUGUCGCCACUGUGGGACCUGCAUUUUGCAGUUCGAUCAUCAUUGUUUAUGGAUAGGGCAGUGUGUGGGAUGGGCCAAUCAUAAAAUCAUUGGGCUCAUUGUUGUCUCGGCCAUGUUUGGUCUUUUCACCGCGGCCAUGUUCAUAUCUCAUGUGUACCUCAUUUUAAACGCUAGAACGAACGUCGAAUCUUUCGCUAGUAGAGAUCAGCACGAAGCGGAAAGCCGGGUUUUACAGGAGGAAUAUGGAUAUUUUUUGCACAACACUGAGAGGAGAAAGGUUCAGAAGAAAUGGAAAGAGGAGUGGGGUGGAUCCAAUGUGGGUAGUAGAUGGGCUUUUGGAUCUAAAUUAGAGUUGUGGGAGCAAGAGAUGGGCAAAAAUCGUUUGGGUUGGAUACUGCCCCUUGGAAGGCCUUUGGGUGAUGGCAUACAUUAUGAAAAGAAUCCUAAAUUCGGUCCCAACGGGGAAUGGUUGAAAAAGAAAGAUUGGCCAAAGGACUUGCAGGCAUAG